AUGCCCAACCCAUCCCCAAUUGUCCUCAUCCUGGGAGCCGGCUCAAACGUUGGCCACCAUGUAGCCCAAGCCUUUCGAAAUACAGGCUACAGAGUUGCUCUCGCGGCCCGAAGCGUCAACGAAUCAGACAAUACGGAUGAGCAAGUCUACCUACCGAGUGACUUUUCCGAUCCAGACUCCAUCGUCAAAGUGUUCUCGAAACUAAAGAGCUCACUAGGUGUCCCAAGUGUGGUCAUCUAUAAUGCGUCAGCUGGAAAAGCGAAUCCCGUAGACAACCCACUCUCUGUGCCCCUAGCAGACUUUGCCCAAGCCCUGAACAUCAACACAACCAGCGCCUUUGUCGCAGCCCAACAGGCCGUCCUCGCAUUUGAGCAGCUCCCCGCCUCGGCAUCAAAAACCUUCAUCUUCACCGGAAACGCGCUGAACACCACUAUCCUGGCGCCGCUCAUGCUCGGGGGGGUCGGCAAGUCUGCAACUGCGCAUAUCAUCCAGUCUGCUGCUGCUGCGUAUGCGGAUAAAGGCUACAAGUUCUACUAUGCCGGUGAGCGCAAGGCGGAUGGGAAGCCUGCGUAUAUGGACAUUGAUGGAGCUGCUCAUGCCGAGCAGUAUGUGGCGCUUGCAGAGGACAAGUCACAAGGACCAUGGCACUAUACUUUUGUUAAGGGUGUGGGGUACAAGAAAUUCCCAACUGCUUGA